AUGUGGGAAGACGAUCCAACACAAAUACAUUCACAAUGUUUAGCUAUUCCAGGAAGAGAUGUAGAAUCGGGUGGAAUCACAUCAUUUUCUGAAUUAACAAUAGCAGAUACAUGUGUAUUUGGUCAAUACAAAAAUGCAAUAAGCGAACGAAUUCGUCAAGAAACAAAUCUACAUUUCCCUGAAAAUUUUGAAUUCGUUCCAACAAGUGUUGCUAGACAAAUUGAAUCGCCUGAUAAUUGUUACUUUCGUAUUGAUUUACCUCAUUCAAUUGUAACAAUCAAAAUUAUUCCCAAUCCACAUGUUUAUGAUCUUUCAAAACACAUAAGCCUUCAAAUAGAACCUUUUGUUACUCGUAAAUCUUCCGAUAUUGAACUUUCAUUCUAA